GCAUACACAAGACGGAAAAAAUUUUAAAGCCCAAUUUUAUGAUUUUAUUGACCUCCAAACUACAUAUUUUCCAAAAUCCAAAACAAAUUAAACCUUUUAGGGACUUUUGUUUUACAAGGAUUAGCCAUCAUCCAUUUCAAAAAAAUUGUAUUUUGUGUAAAAUCUGUACAAAAUAAGAAGCACAAUUUCAAAGAAUAGUAAUUUGUUUUAACGGUUGAUCUAAAUUUUCAAGUAAUUUUUUUUUUAAUAAAAAAUUGACAUUCACUUGACAGUAGGUAUUUGCGACGCAGUUACGAUCAAAAUUUAAAAAGAUGACGACUAAUCCAAGCGACAUUUUGUGCCUGAAAGAGCCGAAAUUUGGUGAAAGCGACGGCAGCCAAAUAUACUCCAUCAACGGUUCGCCUUCGAAAAUCAACAGACCCCCAAAAACUCAAGAGUUUUCCAAGAUUUCUGAAAAUGCAAAUCCUGAAAAUGAACAGUUUGAAACACUUGAACCAACCGUCAAGAAAAAUCCACAGGAAGCCUCUGAAGGACCGAAUGUUUCAUUCUCCAAGAUGAAACGCAACACCGUGACGGGUGUAGGUUUGGAAGCCGAUGACAUGCAUGAUGAGAAAAAACAUUAUGGUUUGGAAAUGAAAGCCGAUAAGGAAGGUGGAUCCAGGAGACAUUAUGAUCAGGCCACCGGUUUGGAAAACGAUAAAAAACAUGAGAAAAGGCAUUAUGCUCAGCAAUAUCAAUAAAAUACCUAUACUUACUUAAAAAUAUCUUUUUGUUGCAAAAAUGUUGAAAAAUGAAUAGGCAUAAUAUUGUAAUUUUUUAGCUUAUGUAGUUAUAACGAUGAAACGGUGAUGUGAUAUGUAUUAACAUCACUGUGGAACAGUAAAUAGGCAUAAUAAUAUUGUAAUUAUUUUAUUAGCUUUGUAGUUAUAACGAUGACAUGGUGAUGUAUUCUUAACAUUCCUGAUGAAAAUUAAAGCUGUAUUACUCCGUGUUUAAAUAAUAAAUUGCAUAAAUCACAAA